CUUCGCACCAAAUAAAAUCAGCAAAUGAUGGCCAUCAUGUGGGCAUGUUGUUGUUCUCCAUCAUUACAUAGAGCAACUCAGCUCAGCAGGUGAGCAUACACUACGAUGCAAGACGCCACCCCAUUCCCAAUGGACCCGGACGACAAGGUGUUACACGACUUCCUCCCUUUCAUCCGGCAAUACAAGAGCGGCCGCGUCGUUCGCUGCCUCAACACCGAGACCGUCCCCGCCGGCACUGACACCGCCAGCACCAGCGUGUCAUCCAAGGACGUUGUCAUCAACACGAGCUCAGGUAUCUGGGUGCGCAUCUACCUCCCGGCGUUCCCCGCCGGCGGGCGCCGCGACAAGCUCCCCGUCGUUGUCUACUACCACGGCGGCGCCUUUGUCGUCGGCUCAACGGCUCAGCAACCCACGCACCUCUACCUCAACAGCCUCGCGGCUGAUGCCAACGUUCUCAUCGUCUCUACCGAGUACCGCCUCGCGCCGGAGCACCCGCUGCCGACGGCGUACGAGGACUCGUGGGAGGGCCUCAAGUGGGUGGCGUCCCAUGCGACCGGCGAAGGGUCCGAGCCCUGGCUCGCCGAGCACGGGGACCUGUCACGCGUGUUCUUGGUGGGGGUCAGCGCCGGGGGCAACAUCGCGCACAACGUGGCGGUGCGCGCCGGCGCACACCGCCUCGGCGUGGACAUCAAGGGGAUGCUUGUGGUCCACCCCUUGUUCAACAGGGAGGCAGGCAUUGGCGGAGAGGCAUCGGUGGACAGGGCACGGAAGGCGAAGUCCGACGCGUUCUGGCGGUUCCGGUGCCCUGGCACGCCGGGGCUCGACGACCCGCUGUGCAACCCGUUCUCAGAGGCCGCGGGCGGGAGCGCGGCGCGCAUUGCGUGCGGACGCGUGCUCGUCUGCGUCGCCGAGAAGGACGUGCUCCGGGACGCGGGCGUCUGGUACUACGAUAGCCUCAGGGCGAGCGGCUACCGCGGCGAGGUGGAGCUGCUCGAAUCCGUGGGCGAGGGACACGUCUUCCACUACACCAACCCGGGGUGCGAGCAGGCGCGGGUGCUGCAUGCGCGCGUCGUAAGCUUCCUCCGCGAUGAAUGAGUGCACGUCAGUACGGGUCUGUGUCCGUGCCAAGCUCCGAACUUUGGCGUGAUGGAACUACUCGGAUGCUUGUGAAUUGUGAUGUGGGGACGUGUUGAGGGCUGUCUACUUGUUUCCGAGUUCUGGUUAAUGAGCUGUGUGAGUUGUGACAAUCAGAACAGUUUCCUUUCUCAUUCUUGUCUCCCGCCUAGUGCGGCUUGACAGUACAUAAAGUGGCGCAAAAUAUCUUUUUUUAA